AUGGUCAUGUGCAAAGACACAUCUGUCUUUAUAGAAUUCAAUCAAGGCGCCCAAUGGUCUGAGAUUAGUGUCACUGAUCUGAUUAUAAAGCCCAUAACUGAAGGAUUUGUGAAUAAGUUAUAUUUAUGCUGUUUGCCGGAUAAUUACAAACAAACUGCACAUUAUGAACAGUUUAAGGACUUUAUUAAUGAGACACAAGUGCUGGCAAUUAAUCUCCUGUUGUCGUCAAUCAAUAUCAGUCCCAAACUGUUGGGUGUUUUUCCCAACGGAACCAUCAAUGAGUACAUCGAUUCCAGAUAUUUCAACGCCACGGAUGACUUGAACACGAAGACAGUGUCCCAAUUGGCCCAAAAGAUUGCCACAAUUCACUCGCAACGGAUGCCAAUCACUAAACACACUAAACCUAUGAUCGAUGUAUUUGAUGAAUGGCUGACAGACGAGUUGAGACAAUCGCUGGCAAACGGUAUUGUACGGCAACAGAUGCUCAACACCUAUGAGAUUAAAGACAUGGAUUUGAUGGCAGAGUUGUUGUGGCUCACGACGGCCAUCAAACAGCUCCGAUCGCCGAUUGUCUUCUCUCACAAUGACUUUAAUCGGCGCAACACUUUGGUCAGGGAAUCCAUAGUGAACAACAACCAGGAGCUGGACAUCUAUCUCAUAGACUUUGAUUUUUCUAACUAUGACUGCCGGGGCGUCGACUUUGGCCAAUACUUUGCUGGUUGGGGUCAAAAGGUGACCGACUUUGGCGACGGCCCGUUCCCGGCCGACCAUCAGAUGUUGCCUUUUAUUGACGCCUAUGUGGACGAGAUGUGCAAAAUUCACGGCAACUCUUUCCGGGAAUUACCGAUCAAUUCCCGGCAGUCAAUGACUAAAGAGGCAAAAGUGUAUACUUUAAUGGCAUAUAUUAAAGAUAUACUAUAUAUCAUUUGGGAGACAACUAAUAGCAAGCGCACAGAUCUUGUGCCAAAGGCGGAGAUCAGGUAUAACUGCUAUCGAGUGCUGAAGAAACUUAAACUCGUAAACAAUGGAGGAUUCGGUGUCGGCUGA